AUGGAAUUGAAUGCCCAAGUGAUUUAAUUAGAUCAAAUUAUUAAAAAUUAAGAAAUAACUAUUAUUGAUUAUAGAAAUGAGAAUGAAAAUUUAUAAUCAUUACAUAUGGAAUGUUUGGAAACUACAGAAGAGUUGAGUCAUGAAUUAAAUUAAGUAAAAUGAAUCAAUAAUCAAUUAGAACAUUAACAUAGAGAUGUAUACUAUUAAUCUUAAUAUAGAUUAUGGAAGAACUUGAUAAAAUGUCAUUAAAAGAAGAAUAAGCAGCUAUAACUAGAAUAAGUAAAUAUAAAGAAUUGA